AUGGAUCAUAAAUGUAAUCUUAUAAAUCACAGCACAUGUUGUGUGUCUAGUGCUAAUAAAUCUGUGCAACAAACAUUGUCUGAAAUGGAUUGGGAAAGAAGCAUUUGGAAUGCAGCUUUCACAGGUGACCAGAAGAAAGUGCAAUCAUUACUUGAUAAGUCUAAUAAUCCUAAAGAACUUGUCAAUAGCCUAGACAAUUCUGGUUAUACUGCAUUACAUUAUGCUGCCCGCAAUGGACAUUUGAAUAUUUGCAAACUCCUCUUAGACCAUGGCGCCUAUAUUAAUGCCCAGACAAGAAGUGGCAAAGCCACACCUCUUCAUAAAGCAGCUUGCUCAGGCAAGAAAAAUAUAAUCAUGUUUCUUAUAAAUAAUGGAGCACAGAUUGAUCUACAGGAUUCAGAUGGUAAAACAGUGCUCCACAGAGUCACUGAAAAUAAACAAGUUGAUCUCAUUAGCACCUUGCUUGAAGCUUGUCCUAAAUUAAAAGAUAUUAAGGAUAAUAGAGGUAACUUGGCAAUUUAA